AUGGAGGAAAUCAUCAUCGAAGCUGUUGAGGAAUCUCUCGAGAUCGACAACUUCGUCGAUUUCUGCUCCUUAAGCCCUGACCAGUGUCAUCCAGACGCAAAGUGCGAGAAUCAAGAAACAUCACUCAGCUGCACCUGCAAUGAAAAAUUCGAGGGCGAUGGCUUCUAUUGCUCCCCGAUUAAUCUUUGCAAAAACGAUCCAUGCGAUGCUGUGUCGGAGAAAUGCUUGUUUGCUGGUCCAGCAGAGUACUCGUGUGAAUGCAAGUCUGGAUUCAAAAAAGCGGAAAUUGGGCAGUGCGAAGACAUCAAUGAAUGUGAAAACAGCGAUAUUUGCCCUCUUGGCAACAGUUGCGAAAAUACUGUCGGAAGCUACAAAUGUAAUUGUGAUCAGCCAGGAUGGUUUUUCGUCGAGGAUAUUUGCGUCCAAGGUUCGAUCUGUGAUAGUUUCGCGAACAUUUGCGGCGAUGAGAUGGUUUGCAGUGAUGUUGAGAUAAAUGGAGAAAUUCGGGACUACGAGUGCAAGUCGACAGCGACAACGACGACCGUCACCGAAAAUAUCGAGACGACAGCGGCGAUGGAAACAACAACCAGUGCCUAUUUGAAAAUCUCAAUGAACAUGAUCAUUUUCUUUGUAUCUUUUAUCCUUAUGCAAUAA